AUGUACAGGCAGAUAGAAAUACACAAGGAUCAAAGAUGUUUACAACGCAUUUGGUGGCGUCCUAAUUUUCUUGCAGAGAUUCUCAGUUAUCAGCUUAACACUGUGACAUACGGAGAGGCCGACGCUCAGUUUCUAGCAACACAGACGGUACAACAAUUAGCCGAAGAUGAAAUGAAGGAUUUCCCUGAGGCCGCUCGCGCAGUGAUUGAAGAUUCUUACGUUGACGACGUCACAACGGGAGCGUCGACGAUUCAGCGACUUAAGGAUUUGCAGCAACAAUUACAAUCUCUCAUGCGGCAAGGCGGAUUCGAACUACACAAGUGGGCAUCCAAUUGCAACGAGGUGUCUACGAAUCCUGCAAGCAGCGUUGCCUUUCCCAAGGCUGAUCAAACUCGCACACUAGGACUGAUCUGGCAAACUGGAGACGAUCAAUUCGUACUAACGUGGGACAAGGUCGAGGAACGCCACAACUACUCGAAGAGAAUGAUCCUGUCUGAAAUAGCUAAACUUUACGAUCCUCUUGGACUCAGCGCACCAUUGGUAUUCUGGGCCAAGGUGUUAAUGCAAGAAUUGUGGAAGAUUACAGAUCUCCAAUGGGACGGCUCUCUACCAGAACCAUUACAAGAAAAAUGGAUAACUUUCCGCAAGCAGCUCAAUGUUUUAGUGGAAAUCAAAAUACCAAGAUGUGCCCUCCUUCCGAAUGCCGUCGCACUGGAACUUCAUGGAUUCGGGGACGCGUCUGAGCUCGGUUUCGGAUGUUGCAUUUAUCUAAGGGCUCUUGAUCAAAUUGGCAACUACAACAUAAAUCUUUUGUGCGCUAAAUCUAGAGUCGCGCCGCUGAAGAAGACUACCAUUCCAAGACUGGAACUUCAAGCCGCGCUCCUACUAGCGGAGCUCGCCGCGAAGGUGACCGGCGCAAUAGCAUUGGUCUAUCGACUCAUCUGCCUCUGGACGGAUUCAACAAUUACUCUAUAUCGUAUUCGAUCGCAAUCAAGUCGCUAUACAACUUACGUGGCAAAUAGGAUUGCCCGCAUACAAGAAUUGAGCACGCCGGAGCAAUGGAGACACGUUCCAGGCGAACUGAACCCGGCGGACUUGGUAUCUCGGGGCCUUCUACCAGAGGCUCUCAGUAAGGCAGAUAAUUGGUUUCACGGGCCUGCCUUCCUAAAGUACGAAGAAUCCGAAUGGCCAUCCCUACGGCUAGGGCGGACGGAAUCCAACGACCAGACUGACGAGGAAUUGAAAAAGGCCAUCAACGUAUCUUGCAUAGCGGCGGUAGCGGAUCCCGUGAUGAAUUACUCGAGCUACACGAAAACGUUGCGAAUCAGUGCCCGUUGCCGCAGAUUCGUUGCAAAUUGCAAAGCGACGCGAGACAGAAGAGACUAUGGCCCUCUAUCAGCCUCUGAAUUGAAUGAGGCCUUGCUGGGAUUGAUACGAGCUGCACAAUCUGAGGACUUCGCUCAGGACAUCAAGAAAUUACGAGAAUACGGUACUACUGAUUACAAGGGCAGAGUGCAGUCCUUUCGUCCCUACCUCGAUGAACAUCACCUUCUUCGUGUAGGAGGUCGACUCCAGAACUCCGAUCUGGAAGAUAAUCAGCGUCAUCCGAUGCUGCUACAUGCGAAAAAUAAACUAAGUAGACUAAUCGCUCGACACUAUCAUAAAGCAAACCUGCACGCGGGACCUCAAGCCUUACACCCUGCGGCAGCAAUUUUGGAUCAUCGACGGACGCAACUUGUGUCGAAAAACGGUGCAUAA